GUACCUUGGGAAUAGCACGAUGUCAUGGGGCAGCCUCUUUUUGGUGUGUGGUUUGACAUAAGUAGCGGAGCCAUGCGAUAGCGAAAUGGCCAGGCCGCAUGUGCUGUGGGUCCUCGUCGCCGCGACGGCUCGCGCCAAGAGGAGCAACCCACCACAAAAGCCGCUCGUCGCGCGCACGUACACGACCGCGACGGUCGACGCGCUGGGAGCCGAGGCGGCGGCGGACGUCCGCGUGGCGUUCGACGGCGGCUGCCGGACGCUCGCCGGCGACGAGUGCGCCGGUCCGACGCCGCGCACCAACGGCACGGAGCCCGUCACGUUGGUGCUGAUCAAGGCCACGCGGGACUGCGGCGCGAACGGGCUCUGGCAUCUCCUGAACCGCUGCGUGACGGCGGCGGCGCGCGCGGCCGCGCAACGCCGGGCGGCGCUCGCGUUCGUGGCACACGACGGCGAGCCGCCAGAGGACCCGUGCCGCCUCGCGCCGCUCGCCGAGCGCUGGCGGCCGUUCCUCGAGGCCCUCUUCGCGGACGGCGUCUACGCGUCUCUCGCGUGUUACCGGCGCGCCCGCCCGAGCGCGCGGACCUACCGCGAGGUCGCCGUCGUCGCCGCCACGCCCGCGUCGCAGACCGUGCCCGAGAAUUUCCGCGACGUCGGCUUCGCGGCGUUCGGCGUCCCGCCCCCGACCGACGCCGUCGGGGCCCCGAGGACCGUCCUGCAUCUACGACGGGAGGACCGCGAGGGGACGCUGCGGGCGCACCGGACGCUGCGCAACGCCUCGGUCCUCGAGGCCGCGUUCCGGCGCGCCGGCUUUAGGGUCGACCACUGCUGCGACUUCCGCGCGCCGGACGAGCGCGCGCCGCCUCCCGUCGAGCGACCCCAACGCCCGUGGCGCGUACGGCAACUACGCCGACAAGAUCGACCCGGCCGAGACCGCCGAGUACAUCCCGAAGCUCCAGAAGCACCUCAAGACGAUGCCCGGCGGCGAGGCCAUGGCCAAGAAGGGUCGCCGGCUGGGGCGUCUUCCGGGACGCCGGGCGGAACACGAUCUACGUGGACCGCGUCGCGAAAAAGUGCUACCGGUCGAAGCCCCAGGUCGAGGCGGCGCUCACGGCCGAGGCGUCGGCCUGAGGUGGCGCUGGCUUAUGAUCGCGCGCUGAUCCUGCCCACUCCCUCCCCACGGAUAACAUUCUCGUCG